UUCAGUAAUUUUAAAAUAAAUAUAAAAUAAAAAGUUAUAAAUUAGGGUCCGCGUUAUUUUAUUUCUUGAUUGUGCAUCUUUGGUUUACCACUUGCGAUGGAUACUUCGCGUGAGACGAGAAACUUUUCGGCUUUAACACCUUAGCCAUGUGUUCAUUUUGCUAAGAACUAAAACACACGUACGUCUGUCGCCGUUCUUAGUUCAGUUCUCAAGUAUUCUCAAUACAGAAACACGAAAAUGGAAACACAAAACGGUUAUGAUGAAGAGGAAGCUAUGGAUGGGGCAAUAUUGAGCGUUCAUGUACAAAACUUUUUUUGUCACGAUAAUUUCAGAGUAGAAUUCAAAAAGAGAGUAACUUUUAUCGUCGGCCGCAAUGGUAGCGGCAAGAGUGCCAUCCUCACAGCCUUAGUCGUAGGCUUAGGAGGCAAAGCCUUGGACACCAACAGAGGGAAAAACUUUCAAUCAUUUGUAAAAAAAGGAGCCAAUUCCGCAAGUAUUGAAAUAAAAAUAAAGAAUAGUGGCCCAGGUGCUUAUAAACCUGAAGAAUAUGGUGAUAAAAUAACAAUCGUUAAAACUAUUUCAGCAUCUGGUGCCUCUAAUUAUAAAAUCAAAUCCAGUUCAGGAAAAUUUGUUCACUCAAAUGCCAAAGAAGUGAAUGCUAUCGUAUCAGCUCUUAACAUUCAAGUUAACAAUCCAAUAUCAGUACUGAACCAAGAUGAUGCCAGAGAUUUCUCGCUGAAAAUGGAUCCGAAGAAGCUGUAUUCUUUGUUCAUGAGAGCUACUAACCUGGACUCCACUGAGGAGAACUAUGAGAGAGCUCGUACAUUAUGUGCAAAUGCUAUUGUUUCUUGGGAAAGAAAAAAUAAAUUUUGCUUAGAUUUAAAAAAUGAGUACAACAAAUGGAAGAAGCUGCACGAACAGAUGCGAUCGCGCAAGGACAUCGAGAAGCAGCUGAAGCUACUGAAGGCGGAGCUGUGCUGGAGCCAGGUCGCGGACUUGGAGCGCGAGGUGGCCGCCAUCCGCCAGCAGUGCGAGCGCCAGCGCGCCAAGUGCCAGUGCUUCGAGGACAAGCUGCAGGCCAUGGAGCAGACCCUGGGCGGCACUGCUACCGAGGCGCUGGAGAAGCAGUUAGCAGAGCACAAGAGGAAGAAAGAGGAACUGGAGCGGCAGCUGCGGCCGCUGGAGCGCGCCGCGGCUGACGCGCGCGCCGCGCACUCCGAGGCGGGCACCGCGCUCGCGCGACACGCUGACCUGCUGCACCGCGAGAAGAGGCGGGUGCAGGACUACGAGCGCGAGAUCGAGUCGGGCGGCGCGAGCUCUCAGCGCGAGCUAGAGGAGCUGGAGCGGCGCGCGGAGCGAGGCCGUGCGGCGGCGGAGGAGGCGCGCGCGCGCAUCGCAACGCUGCGCAACGACGCGCAGCAGGCGCGCAGCCACUCCGCGCGCCUCGCCAACGACGUGGAGCGCGCGCACGCCGAGCGCUCUCGCCUCACCGCCCGACUCAAGCAGCGGCAGCAGGAGCUGCGCGAGCUGCAGUCGCGCGGCGCGGACUCGCUGGCGGUGUACGGCGGCGCCAUGUCGGAGCUGUGCCGCCGCGUGGCUGCCGCCACCGAGCGCGGCCACUUCAGCGCGCCGCCGCGCGGGCCUGUCGGGCAGUACAUAAAAGUGAAAGACAAGCAGUGGGCCGGCGUCCUGGAGCACAUCAUCGGCGGGCUGAUCCGGAGCUUCUGCGUCAACACACCGGAGGACUCCCGGAAGUUGUUCAAGAUAAUGGACCAGGUGUGGUCGGGCGGCGGCAAGCCCACGGUAACGUGCAGCGCAUUCUUGGGCGCGCGCCACGACGUCCGCGCCAGCAGCGUGCGCGCCGCGCCGCACUCCAGCGCGCUGCAGGCGUUGCUGGUGGAGGACACCGUGGUAGCCAACUUCCUCAUCGACAACCUGGCGCUGGAGCGCGUGCUGCUCGUGCCCGACCACGAGACGGCCGUGCGCCUCGCCGACACGCCGGCGCGCGUGCCGCCCAAUUGCGCCAAGAUCGUGACGCUCGACUGCUCCGAGUACCACCCGGCGCCCGACUACCGAUCAUACGGCGGCCGCGCGCGCCCGGCGCGCUACCUGCACCUCGACACCGACGAGCGCAAGCGGCAGUUGCGAACGGAGAUCCAAGAGUUGGAGUCUGAAUUGCAGCAGCACAACGAAAAAAUUCAACAGUUAACGGCGGAGCAGCGACGCGCGGCGGAGAGGGAUAGCUCAGUGUCGCAAGCGCUCAAGGCGCUGGGCGCGGAGCUGCUGAAGCGCGAGGCGGAGGCGGACGCAGCCGCCGCGGCGCGGGACAUGCUGCAGGCGCCGCAGCAAGCCGUGCUGGAUGAUGAGCUAAACGCUUCAAAACAGAGGGUUCAACAACUAACGGAAAAGUUGAGCGAGUUGACGGACAAAAGGGAGAGAUGUAUGCGCGACCUCGAAGACUGCGAGGCCAAGAUGAGCGACUUGAAGGCGCAGGUCGCGCAGGUCGCCGUCGCCUGCAGGACACUCAGUGAAGAGAUCAGUCAGGAAGAAAUGAAUAUGGAUCGCGGCGCCGCGGAGCGCAGGGGCUUGCAGCAGAGGCUUAGCGAGGAACGCGCCAAACUGACGCGCGUCGAAGAGAUCUUGAGCGGCAAGCAAGAGGACGUCGCCUCCCGCAUCCAAGCCGCUAAAGUGCCAAGGAUGGACAACCCUAGGGAAGCUUCUGUGAUAACUAACCUACUGGCGGACUACAAGAAGAAAAUGAACUCGCUGGUUCAGACGAACAUCAGCCGCGAGGAGGUGGAGCGCGAGCUGGCCGUGGCCGAGCGCAACUACGGCCACACGCAGCAGCUGCUCGACACGCUGCGCAAGUACAUCGACAGGAUUGAAAAAACGGCUGCCGAGUACUUGGAAUAUUGUUGUAAGUUAAAGAAUGACAUCGGCCGCCACAUCGGAAUUCAUUUCAUGGCCACGCUCACGACGCGCGGGUAUCAUGGUCAGAUCCACAUCGAUCACCAGAAGGACGAGCUGAUGCUCAAGGUGUCGGGGCGCGAGGGCUCGCGGAGCGCUAGCUCCACGGCGUCGCUGUCGGGCGGAGAGCGCUCCUACACCACUGUGGCCUUCAUCACGUCGCUGUGGGAGUGCGUCGAUCUGCCCUUUUACUUCAUGGACGAGUUCGACGUUUUCAUGGACGACGUGAACCAGCAGAUCGCGGUGACGCUGCUGCUGGACAUGGCGGCGCGGCUGACGGCGCGCCAGUUCGUGUUCCUCACGCCGCACGGCGCCAAGCUGUCGCUCAAGGACGCGCCCGUGCCCGCCGACGUCAUCUCUCUGGGCAAUCCAAGACAAGAGUGAAGAGAUUAUUCUACAAGAUAGUGAUUAUUUUUGUUACCAAUUACGUGUCGUAAGAAAGUUUUUCAAUAAAAAUACAUGAUAUCAUCA